AUGGAGUUUGUGGAUGCAAUUGGGGAGCUCAAAGCUCUACCAGAAGGGACACAUAUCCUUUGUCCGCGACAAAACGAGAAUGAUUAUGGACGCUACGAUGACCUUUCUCAAGUACAUGAGAAUGGAAAGAGUACCCAAGAUAUUGUCACCGAGGCCAGGUUGCGGAAAGAGAAGUUUCUCCUCUCGAUGCGUAUUCUCGCCUACAAUUCCGAAGGAGUGGAAGAAAUGCAGACUUGGAUGUUGAGCAAGUUGGACGCAUGUCUCGAAAAAUGCGACCUUUGCAUCAAACAUUACUAUACCGGCAAAGUUUGGCUCAUGGACCAGUUGAAGGAAACCUAUCAAGACGAAGAUAUCGAGGAAUUUGCCAGGCGAUUGAACGGCUGGGAUGUGAAACGCAUUACGAGAAAUCUGGCAACGGCUACUGCCCAACUGAAAGGUGUUUCUCCAGAGGAGAUCAAUCUCAGCAUCUUGGACCGGGCUGCAUUGCUGUCCAUAUUCGAGACCUUGAGUUGUGAAGCGAUGCUUCAGAGCGAUCAACUUCUUCAGGAACAUUUUGAUGAGCCUUUCAGACUGAUACAAUCGAGAAGGUCUCUGAAAAUCUCCGACUAUGUCCCCGCAGUUACUCGCUUCCUCUUUGAUUCCAAUCAAGCCCGUAGUUUCUGGGCGAUCUCUACUUGGACCCGGUAUGGUCGACCUCCGACCCGCGAGGAGUUUGACUGGGCUAUCCGAGAUGGGCUCUUGAGUGCACUGCAAGCCGGGUCACAAGCCGCAAAUCAAAUGCCACAGCAGCUCGCAGUAGUCCAGCGCCUGUGGCGGGGAAUGCAGCUCAUUGUUCGAAAGUUGGACAAGGAUCAGAUCACACAUCAUCUACGAGCGCUAGACAUUGAUCCGUGCCGUCUUUCUGUGGAUCAUCUACACUUACAGACCCCGGGGCUGAGAUUCCUCAUGAACACCAUUCAACUUUUCCUUGAGAAAGCGCCUGGUGACUUCUGGGACGCAAUGCAGACCAUUUCUCCUCAGGCCAUUGUCGAACAAGUCUUUGCGAACCCCCAGUUCUCAGCUUUCCUCAUGCAAACAGCGGACGGAGAACCCUAUGAGAAAUCUGCACUGAAAGACAUGCUUUCAUGGAUCGGUCCAUUCUUAGCCUCUCUCAAAGGUCAUCACCAGCCCUCCGCCUGUAGGUACUUGGCUACGCUGCUCGUACAGCAGCUCCAAGACCUCAGAAUUCCAAAUCUUGCCCGGUACCAUUGUUUCCACGUUGGCCUGCAGAGCUUGCUCACGACUCUUCGUCGAUUUACGGACCAUGAGUCUUCCAGAAGCUCCGUUGAUAGUGUGGUGCUGAAGGAAACCAUGGAUGUCGUCGCCGUCACGAUCAACAAUAUCCUGAGUCCCCCAUUAUUCACCGUUGAGCAAAAACGCCAAGAAGAGAUCAGAUCCCUGUGCAUGGACGUCGUUCGCAACACUUUAGCUCUCGAGUGCCAAUCUUUGAAGAGUGACUACGAGGUCAUUCUGAGGCACGGUACUCUUUCCCAUGGCGUCUCCACCUACUCGGCCACUGUAUGGGAAGCAGUGAUCAAGCACCUACGGCAAGAGAACCCCGACCUGUCGACGGCGACGCUGCUUGGAGUGCUCCCUCUUGUUGGCCUGGAAAAAUUCCCGCCCAAGGGUGAUGGAAGCGGAGAGAAGAAGCACUUCAACAUGAUCUACGACCACUUGACUCGCUUGUGCUGCCAGAUGAUUGAACGGCUCGCGGAAUUCUCGCCGGAGCAUCUCAUGCCCCUGUUCCGAAGCCAAGACACAAGUAGUGCGUUGAUCUCAACAUUGUUCGCUGCAGAUCUAAACACCUACCAAGCUGCCGUGGAUCUCAUCAAGAAUGUCAGCGGUCAAUUCGCUCGACGAGAUGCUAUCUCGUACCUUUUGGAGACCUCCUUCACGACGACCAUGUAUGGUCUCAGUUGGUCCUUCCGGCGCAUCUCCAACAUGAAGACGUUCGCUCCUGCCCCGCGAAUGUUGCACACAGGAACCGAUAUCGUAGAGAUUCUUUGUAACAGCCAGUCAGGUAUGCUGCGUACACGCAGUUUCGUGGACCGGCGGGAAAUCCUGUCGCUUCAGAAACUCUGGGAGUUUUUGUGGCAGGCCUUGGCCACCAUCUUCGAUGAGACUGAGGCGUGGCACAUGCGUGGCAAUGACAAGGAUGUCAUGCUGGAUUUCUGCCGGGAUACCAUUCAAUUCGCCAACUCUCUCUUCGAUCAAUAUGGUGUGUUCUUGGGAGCAGUGGGGGGUUCCGAUGUGGCUCAGAAGGCUGUCUCUGAGAAUUUCAUCAAGUCACCCACAGCCACCAUGAGUGCUAUGGUGAAGUGGCUGCGUUUGAAAGACGAGUAUUUGGCUACUUCGCUGGUUGCGUUGGUAUCAAAAAUCCUCAGGCGGCUGGGAAGUCUAGAGGUGACAACAGUCCAGGCAGAAGCCCUAAGUUUCAUUGAGGGAACUGCGGUGCAUGGAACAAUCAAAACAAUCCUGACCAGUCGCGACAAGGCAGAACUCGUUCGCUCACUUGAGGCCUACACCAAAAAGCCUGUGGUCACUGCCUCCACGGCCUCCCUAAAAAGGCAAUCAUCCAUCACCUCGUUUGCUCGUCGCCCCACCAAUCUUUCUUCACCUUCUUCACCCUCCUCUCGCGUUCCCAGUGACGACGAAUUCGAAGAUAUUCCUGACGAAACCUUCUUGGAUCUUUCUCGCUCUGUUGAAUUAAACAAAACUCGACUUGCUCUUUCUACAAAGCAAAAGCCUCAGGCCUCUCCAGCCAUGUCUGCUGCACUGCAGACACGGGCUGGGCUGCCGAAGGCUGUCAUCGCCUCACGGGCGACGAAGAGUGAUGUCAACAGUGUGCUUUCCUUCCGCGAGAAGCGUGAACGCGAAAAAGAAGCCAAAAAGAAGCGAGACCUGGCAGAGUUAGCCAGACUGAAGAAGAACAUGCCUCAACGUGGGGUGGCAGAGCAGACAGCCGAGCAGGGCUCUGGCCUGAAAGGUAUUGGUGUGAAGGGUAAAGAUCAUUCGAUUCUCUUAGACAGCAUGAUGGUUUCGUCUGGCUCGGACACCGAUACUGAAAGUGAAGAUGAUUUAGAUCAAGAGCUCUUCGGUGCGAAGCCCAAGAAGACAGAUGCGGCGCCCGAGGUAAAGAAAAAGCCGCCCCAACAGGAGCCCUUCAAGAAGAAGAAGCGUCAACGCUCAGUAAAGGAUAUGCGUGCCCGUCUGUCCCCCGAUCUUUCGUCCCUCCAUCACAAGAUUCUGUCCUGGGACUACUUCACAGAAGGUGAUGUCCCCACCGCUGAUCGCACGGACUACACUCUGGUUUCGAACACGUUCCGCUCCCCCCAAGAGUACAAGAAAACAUUCGAGCCUCUGUUGGUGCUUGAGGCGUGGCAAGCGUUCCAGGCCGCCAAAGAAGAUGGCGCAUCCUAUUUCAAGCCGUUCGAGGUCAAAGUGAUGACUCGUUUGACCGUGGAUUCCUGGAUUGAGGCUAGCACCGUGCCUCUGGGCCAAAAUACGAAGGACCUUUACCUCGGCGAGGGUGACCUUGUCCUGUUCUCCAACGACGCCCGUCCACAUGAGAAGAAGGAUGUACCCCAUAUUUUGGCUCGAGUCUCUGCCGUCAAAUGGAAAAACGGAAAAAUCGAGGUGACUUACCGCAUGAAUCCUGGCCAGAGCAAAUUCCUUCAGACAUUUACCGUCGGUUCCACUGCCUUUGGUGUCAAAAUCACCUCUUUGACCGCCGUGGAGCGUGAAUUUGGUGCGCUCAUGGCCUUGGAAUAUUACGAUCUUUGCGAGGAAAUCGUGCUGGCGAAGCCUUCACCACUCCUCACGUACUCGGAUACCACCUUGCGACCCUUGAUUGAACACUACGAGAUCAACCGUGCUCAAGCCAAGGCGAUCAAGUCAGCCAUGGACAAUGAUGGCUUCACCCUCAUUCAGGGUCCCCCCGGUUCUGGAAAGACGAAGACAAUCACCGCACUUGUGGGCAGUCUCCUGACACACAGCCUCAACAGGGCUGCUGUAAGCAUAGGGCCUCCUCGUCCGAAUUCGUCUCGAAAGAUCCUGGUUUGCGCACCAAGUAACGCCGCCGUGGACGAACUUGUGAUGCGAUUGAAGGAUGGGGUGAAGACCCGAAGCGGUCGUUGGGAGAAAGUAUCUGUUAUUCGCCUCGGAAGAAGCGAAGCUAUCAACCCCAAGGUGAUUGAUGUCACUCUCGAUGAGAUGGUCAACCGACGACAGGAACAAAUCACCGACGACAAGAAAAGUAUCGAUGUGAACAAACUCUGCGAUAUGCACAAAGCAACGGAUUCUGAGUUCAAAGACCUGCGGGCCAAUAUUGAUGACUGCCGAGCGCGAGGCAUUGAACCACCCGAUGAGUUGCGACGUGAAUUUGAGUUGACAAAGAAGAAGCGAGCCCAGCUGAGUAAAGAUAUCGAUAUGGCCCGCGACCAGGUUGCCGGUCUGGCCCGUACCGCUGAUAUGCAGAGACGCAAGAUCCAGCAGUCCAUCAUCGAUGGUGCCCAUAUCAUCUGUACUACACUCAGCGGUUCCGGUCACGAUUUGGUCCUGAGCAUGAACGUGGAAUUUGAGACAGUCGUCAUCGAUGAAGCUGCUCAAUGUAUUGAGCUGAGCGCUCUUAUCCCGCUGAAGUAUGGCUGUUCCAAAUGUAUUCUCGUGGGAGAUCCCAAGCAGUUGCCACCCACAGUCUUGUCGAAGAUGGCUUCGAAAUUCCAAUACGAGCAGAGUUUGUUCGUGCGCAUGCAGAAGAAUUUCCCGAAGGACGUGCAUCUUUUGGAUGUUCAAUACCGUAUGCACCCGGAAAUCAGUGCCUUCCCAAGCCUCACUUUCUAUGAUGGCAGACUUGAGGAUGGCCCGGACAUGUCCAAGCUUCGUGCUCGCCCCUGGCACCAAAGUGAGCUGCUUAGCCCGUACCGAUUCUUCGACGUGCAGGGAAUGCAUCACAGUGCCGCCAAAGGGCACUCAUUGGUCAACUAUGCCGAAAUCCAGGUGGCCAUGCAGCUCUAUGAGCGGUUGAUCACGGAUGUCAAAGACUUUAACUUCGAAAACAAGAUUGGCAUCAUCACGCCUUACAAAGGCCAACUGCGUGAGCUGAAGAGUCGGUUUGCUGACAAAUAUGGUGUUGAAAUUCUGAGAAUUGUCGACUUCAACACCACCGACGCAUUCCAGGGUCGUGAGAGUGAGAUCAUCAUUUUUUCCUGCGUGCGAGCCUCCAAUAAGGGCAUUGGUUUCUUGUCUGAUAUCCGUCGAAUGAAUGUCGGUCUUACUCGUGCCAGAUCUUCUUUGUGGGUACUCGGCAAUUCUGCCGCUCUAAUGCAGGGUCAAUACUGGAAGGGCCUCAUCACCAAUGCUCGAGAGCGAAACCUUUACACCGAGGGCAAUAUCGCUCGGCUCCUUGAGCGACCCCAGUUCACGGGCUACAAGAAUGUCGAAAUGGCCGACGUCGCUGCAAGCACCGCCGCAUCCAAGUCCGCAUCACCGUCACAGCAAUCUGCUCGCUCCAGCGACUCGCCUGCUGAGGUCGCGGCUCCUCCGGUGGCUCCCCAACCAGUGGUGGUUCCCAAGCCAGUUGGUCUCCCGACCCCUCGUCCCGAUGGACCCUCUGGCGGUGCUGCUGGUCUUGACGAGAGCAAGGCCUGUGGCAUUUGUGGUAGCAAUGAACAUUUCACCCACAACUGUGACAACGAUGAAGCUCAGGCGGCCGCGCGUGGCCAAUGCUUCCGGUGUCGCGGGUUUGGCCAUAACAAGAUGACUUGCACGGCUGUGCGCUGUCUCGAAUGUGGUAAAAUCGGCCAUCCAGCCAUCAAAUGCGCUGGAAAGCCACUUCCCCGGCAGGAGAAGGCUCGAAUCGCCCAUGAAGAACGCCGUCGUUUCGAGUACCAGAAACAAAACGCCGAACGCCAGCGACAGCGCCAGAUGGGUGGUCAUGAUCCCAAGAUUCCGACGAUCGCGGUGAGCACCCAGCCAACUCCAGCCAGUACUGAAGGCCCUGGUACGAAGCGCAAGCGACCCGAGGCGCCUGGUGAUGGCCAAAAGGCUCCACGGCUCCAACCAGCCAAAAAGUCCCGGCUCCUUCCUCCGGGUCUCGUUGGUCCAGCGCCUCGCAUUGUUCGUCCCGGGCAGUCGAGCGUCAAAAAAGCGUCUCCAGGUACCGAGGGGGCGAACGCGAACAACACCCAGGCGCCUCAGCCUGCUCCCUCGAACCCGCGGCCCCUGUCCCGAAAGAAGCCAGCGGAUCCGUUCAUUCGACCCAACCGAAAGCUAAUCAAGAUCUCUCCAUUGCCACGCUUGACGUCUACUCCUGCAGGACUGGUGGCGUAUGUCGAAGUGUCAGACGGCAAGGGUCGACCUUUCGCGUCGUCGGACAGCACUCGAGGUGAGAAUGUUGGGGGUGGCUAUCCUGCGUCGGCCAGAGAUGCCCUCGCUGGCUACGCAAAAGGUGUUGCUGGGGCCGAGUUCCACAAGGAGCGCAAUGGAAGCUCAAGCCUCUCCCUCCCCACGUCUGGUGGAACCUCCUUCGAGCUGCGCGGAAUAGUGGAGAAUGAGAUCGACUGGAUCGGCGUCCGCGAUGGUCUCCCCCGAAAAGAGUGGAGUGUAUCUCGUCAAAAGCCUAUCGAGAACUUUGGAUACCUCACAUUAUGCGGACGCCGCGUGCACUCUGUUUGCGUCGAGAGCCACCUCCAAGCCAGCCUGGACUUGAUGAUUGGGUUUGACUGGAUCAACAACAAGAAAGACUUUUGA